AUGCAGGGCUUCAACAUGGGACGUUACGUCCCCCCAGACCUCGAGGGCACCAAAAUCUCGGGCAACAACCUCCACCGGCGAGCCGCCCCAGGCACCACCCGCCCCGACGGCUCCCAGACCGUCCGCUUCGAGAUGCCCUUCCCCAUCUGGUGCUCCUCCUGCCCCAAGGACACCAUCAUCGGCCAGGGCGUGCGCUUCAACGCCAAGAAGGUCCCCGCGGGGAAGUACCACUCCACCCCGAUCUGGAGCUUCCACCUCCGCCACGCCGACUGCGGCGGCGAGAUCGUCAUCAGGACCGACCCCAAGAACACCGCGUACGUCGUCGUCUCGGGCGCCCGCAAGCGCGACCUGGGGCCCUCGGACCCGACCGGCACGCAGGGCGAGGGCCACCGGCCCAUCCUCACGGACCAGGAGCGCGAGCGGCUGCGCAGCAACGCCUUCGCGAGCCUCGAGAGGACCAUCGCCGACAGGGAGCAGCUCAUACAGGCCAACGAGCGCAUCGGCGACCUCCUCGACGCCUCGUCCCGCCAGUGGGACGACCCGUACGCGCAGAACCAGCGGCUGAGGAGGGCCUUCCGCAAGGGCCGCCACCAGAGGGAGAGGGAUGCCGUGGCGGGCGAGGAGCUCAAGGACCGGAUGAGCUUCGGGUACGAUCUGCUCCCCGCGACGGAGGAGGAUGCGAGGCGCGCCGCCUUGGUCGACUUUGACCCCGAGGGCGGCGGCAAGGGCGUCGAGGGCGCCAAGGCGCUUGCGAAACCGCUGUUCCAGACGACGAAGAAGGAGUCGAAAUCCUCAAAAUCCAAAACCCGCGGUGUUCUCAAGGCCGAGAAGGAGGCGUCGGCGCGGAAGAAGGGUUUCGUCUCCGAGGUCAUGGGCAACACGCGGCUGGCGCAGGAUCCGUUCCUCAACAGCACCCGCGCACCAGACGCCAAGGGUCCUCCAAGGCUGGCGGGAGUCAAGCGGAAGAGGCCGCUGGAGUCAGAAGCAGAGCCACAGAAACAACCAGAGAAGACGCCGGAUACAACGGCCGCACCGCCUCCACCAGUUGUGGCAGUUGGGUUGGUCGAUUAUGAUUCAAGUUGA